AUGAAUCCUUGUGUAAAUCCUAUAUUGCCAUUACAGGUCCAAGAAGAUGCUGGAGACCACCAUGGAUUGUCGCAAGCAACCACCAGUCGGAUUUGUACCCGAGUUGCACGUGCACUUGCACGACACUCAGCUUCUUUUAUUAAAAUGCCCAGUACUUUUGCUGAAGAAGAGCGUAUGAUGGGAGAAUUAUAUAGAAUUCGAAGCUUCCCAACUGUAAUUGGUUGUAUUGACUGUACUCAUAUCAAAAUCCGCAAAUGUGGAGGUGAUGCAGUCCAAUAUUAUAUAAAUAGAAAAGGAUUUUAUUCACUCAAUGUUCAGGUAACUUGUGAUGCACAUCUCCGCAUCCGAGAUAUUGUUGCCAGAUGGAGAGGUAGCACUCAUGAUUCCCGAAUUUUUAAUGAAUCAUCACUCAAAGAGCGUUUUGAGACAGGGUCAUUUAGAGGACGAAUUUUAGGUGACUCUGGAUACAAAUAAGAACAUUAUCUGUUCACUCCCAUUCUAAGGCCUCGGAACCGAAGUGAGGAAAAAUAUAAUGAAGCACAUAUUGCUACAUGA